UGUUUACGAAGAAAGCUUCACAGUUCAGACAAAAACAAGGGUUGUGACUGAACCGAGAGGAGCAGUGUGUCUGAUGCAUAGGCUCCUCACUCAUUUCGAUCACCCAAUGUUUACAAUUUUUCGGUUUUAGAAAAGGAAGAAACCCACCAUGUUUUCGGGGAAUUCAGCCCCACAGCUUUCCAAAAUGUUUUUCUCUUUGCACAUUGUUUUCCUCAGCGCGGCCGUCGUGGAAGGCAGCACACCAAGUGGGGAGCAGAGAGACUGUGUGAGAUCCAGAGGCGUUGACUACAGAGGAGAACAACAGAGCUCCUCCACAGGUCUGACCUGUCUGAGCUGGAUCAAUACUGCAAGAGACUAUGAUGUUGAAAUGCACCCAGAUUCGCAGACAGGUGCUGGAGAUCACAAUUACUGCAGAAACCCAGACGCCUCUGAGGGUCCUUGGUGCUACAUUGCAUCCCCAGAUGGAGCAAUCCAGAGGCAGUUAUGUGCAAUUGAGACGUGCAACGAGCAAACAUCAGCUGCGUCGGCUGAGAGCGCACCCCUCAGACCCACAGAGAUCAUUCCCUCCACGCAGAGCUUACAACUAGCCACAAUGGGACAACAGAGAGAAGUAGCUGCUGUGCAGCCAGUGAUGGGCAUCAGCCAGCGAGUGAGAACAGGGCCUAAAAAGAAGAAGGACCCAGGCCCUAUGGGCAUGGUGCUGGGUAUCCUUAUGAUGGCCAUUAUAAUCAUCCUAGGAGUGGGCAUCAUGCUUGGCUACUUCUAUAAAAGGGUUCGAACCUUGAAGAAGCAACAUGACCAGCGAGUGUACGAGCGUGAGAUGCAGAGGAUCACCCUGCCCCUGUCGGCCUUCUCCAACCCCACCUGCGAGCUCAUAGACGAGAACACCAUCGUGAUCACGGCCGAGCAUGAGACCACACCUGUUCAGGAGGGCGGAGACCCUCUCAUGGGUCAGCACGCCGGUACUCCUGGAGCAUGAGGGGAGCAUCGAUUCCUCAAACUGGACCAAAACCAAAACACUCCCAUGCCCCCAUGUAGCCUGUCCACCUCUCUGGGGAGCUCUGUUUUAGAAGAGUUGGGGAGCAGCGUCAGCUCUAAAGACUUUGAUCUGUCUGCUGUGAUCUUUGUUCCCCAUUUUCCUCUGUUUAUAGUUUUCUGUUUAAUAAGUGAGGCACAGAUGUUCUUACUCAGAAUGGACACAGUGGUAACAACUAGAAAAACCACAAGUAAAUCAGUUGUUUAUCCGACAGAAUAACCUGUCCUCUUAAAAACAGUUUGAGCUUUCAGUCAAAUGCACUUUGACCUCAUCUGUGUUUGAUGGAUAGUGGGUAUUUGUAAAGAGAUGAUGACUGGAAUGGGGAGAUGUCUGCUGUCCUAUGUUUUCUUUAAUGGGCGAGUCGAAUUUCUUUGGCUUUGAUUUGCGUGUCCCACUGGCUGUGCCAAGGGAGACCAAAAACAUGUUUGUACAGAGAGUGUUUUGUCUUACAGAUACACCGCUGACACAGAUGUGUGUCCAUAAAUAGUCAUGCUCCUCCGCUGCAUGAUGUAAACGAUGGCCCAUGAAAGACAAAGGGAAGAGGCCUCCACUUCCAAACUGCCUUAGGAUAAUACAUCUGAAUGUAUCCUGUUUGUUCUGAAGGCGCUCGUUGUUAAACAGAAGAAGACUUGCCUCUUCAUCCACAGGUUAAGGAGUGACAGGAAAAUGCACAAGGGUGCUCUCAGGUACAUGAGACACUCUACUUAGUUGGUCCUCAGGAGAAGUCGGCGCUGCCACAACACAGAAUAUAGAGAAAGCUUGGAUUCAGUCUCAGCAGUGGAUGGCUGUGUGCUACCUAUAGAUUAGAUUCUCACAAUUGAUGUAUGCAUCCAACAGUAGACAUUGGGAAUGGAGUAGAACCGGAGGAGACCACAGUUUGGUGUUUCUUAGAACAAUGAAAAACAUGAAUGCAUGUGCAUGACUGCCUGCUGUAUGUUUGUCAUUCAGGGACCAUGUUAUUACAUCCUAAUAAGCAGAACUGCAGUUGUCAUUAAAAAAGAAAAAAACAAACAUGUAUGUAAGUAGGAAUCAUCACAACAGGGAAGGAGUUUGUUCCUUUUGAUUCUCACUGUUUUAUUGUUUGUCGUGUGAUCAGAUGAUCUGGUGUUGCUGUUGGACCUUCAUCACCUGUAAUUAUGGAUUGCUGGUGUUUCAUCUGCUGGCUGUACUAGUUUUCAUCAUGAACUAUAAAUAUUGAUGUUCAGCGUUUCAUUUUUAGCACUUGUGUGACAUUUUUUGUUGUUCAGACUGAAAUUAAAAACACAAACACA